CGUCACGGAUUGAGCGAAUAUCAAUCGCAGGAACUUUUUUCCAUGCUAAAAGUCGAGGGAAACUUUCCUCGAAGCAGAGGAAAACGUCCUCUGUAGCCGCCGUUUUGGCGGUGCAGUUUAAUUCUCGACUGUGUUAGCCUUUCUACCAGUCAUCAUUAUGGGUGGCUGUAUGGGUACAUCGCGAGAUCCCAGUGUGCGAGUCAGUUCCAGCGAUCAAUUUGGUAGUACUCCAGGAGUCACUCUGGGUCGCAAUCAACCACUGAAGAAAGAGAGGCCGCCAUGGACUUCCGAAAUGCCGCUAACAGAAGGCCAACUACGUAGCAAAAGAGAUGAGUUUUGGGAAACUGCUCCAGCUUUCGAAGGGCGGAAAGAGAUUUGGGAUGCCUUGAGAGCGGCAGCUGAAACAGACGAUCAUACGUGGGCUCAAGCAAUCGUAGAUGGAGCAAACAUAACACUUCCCACAGGAUCUUUACAAGAUGCCUAUGAUGAACUUGGCAACAGAUAUGUUCUUCCAGUUUACUGUUUAAGCAAGCCAACAAAUCUAAUUAAAGAUGAAGAUGUAAGUGGUGAGGCUAGCACAGAAGCAGACGAAGAAGAACCUGUGCCGUCAGGAGAAGAACUGUACAUUAAACUUCGCUUAUCAUCUGGCAAGGACCUGAAAAUGAAUGUUUAUACUUCUGACACUGUACUGAAAAUUAAGAAAAAACUUCAUCAAUUGGAAGGGAUUGAGCCUUCAAAGCAAAGAUGGUUUUAUGCUGGAAAAAUCUUGACUGAUAAGACAACAAUAGGCGAAGCAAAAAUCCCCAAAGGUUAUGUUGUACAAGUGAUUUUACCUCAGCCCACACCUGUGGAGAACUAGAAAGCUGUUGGCUUUAGUGCAAGGGAAUUAUUUUGUUACGAUAUUUGGCACGGAUUGUAUUUCAUGGCAGCUUAUUUACUUGUAGUAAUAUCAAGCUUUGUAAAACUAAAAAGCCACAUGCUAAGAUGUAAACUAUAUAAAUUAGCAUCAGGAAUUCUCGAGGUAAGAUUUCCAUGAAGUGAUGCUGAUGCAUGCCACACAGAAAUGAACCUCUGUUUUCCCAUUUUCUAAUUUCUAAACACAAAACGUUACCACUCCAAGUGGUAUAAACAAAGCCAUAAUGGUGGCAUAAGCUCUACAAUAAAGGGAAUCCCCCACCCCACCCUAGCCCUCCAGGCUGUUGAAGGCCUUGAAUGAUAAUGACAAAAGUACAUUAUUGCACUAAUAAUUUACAAGAGAAUGUAUAUUAAGGAAGUCACAAUAAGCUGCAAGUUUGCACUGAGUCCACAGCUUAAAUAACCCAAUUAGGAGUUAAUCAACUUCCACUGAAUAAAAAGACUCGCAACUCAUUCUCAGCGGGGGGGUACUCAGAUAUAAAAGUGACAGGGAGGUGUAAAGACCUUUUUAGGGUUUGAAAUUCAGGGUCUGACGACUUUUUUGAGUUAAAAAUUUCACAACUUUUUUUGGGUAAAGGACUUUAGUAAGGAAUUUUUGGGGGUUCUCUCAUUUUUGUCGCAAGCCAUUAUCAGUUCCUUUUUUGAUUUGUUUUAAGGUGGAUGGAAAACAUCCAUGUUUGGAAUGUUCUUUAUUUUUUCAUUAUAUUGUUUUUAUUCACAGAAAUAGAACUUUUUUCAUUGUUUUUGGCUGCUGGACUUUCUUGGGUCUUUUCCCAUUUGUGAUGGGCCCUUCAUUAGGUUUGAGGAUUUUGCCUGCCAUUUGCCCUUCCCUAUUCCUAUUAUAUGCGAAUACCUCCCAUGUGGACUCAUUGGUCCAAUCUGAAGUAAAAUGUUUGCAAAAUACCAGAAAAUAAAUGCUGAAGCUUGAGAUGAAACAAUGCACAGAUUUGCUGGUAGCUUAAUUAAGUUAAUGUUCUCAAUGGUAUUUGCAAAUAUUUUAUAGAUUGAGACAAACACGGGACAGAAGUACCUUAUGCCUUUUAUUCAAUGGUCUUAGUUAACUUGAAACUGGUGUACUAUGUAAUUACUAACUGCAGAAGUUAAAAAUUUGCAUAUGGAUGCCAAAAUGCUAGUAGAUUGAAAUCCCAUUUACAUGUAUAUAGUUUGAGAAAAUAGAUGUCAGACUUGAAGUCUACAUAAUUUGAUCCCUCAGAAACUGACGAAAUUUGAGCCAAAGAACCCAAUCUUUAUGCUUAGUCAUCUGUGAAGUAUGUUUUGCUCAAGUCUCAAUGUUUUUUUUUUUACAUAGGUUAUGCAAAUAAGUAUGUCUCUGGCUAAAAUCAGUGCCUAUAUAUGUACAGUCACAUAAAAUUUAAAAAUUAAAUAUGAAGCAAAGUGUCAUAUAAUUUAACUGGAGUUUGGUUCUGCCAUUGAUCGUUAUGACUGAAAAUAAUUUACAGUGAAACUGGUUGAAGCAUUUCACUUUAUAGUGAAUAUUAUGAUGCAAAUUUUGAUUGUUCAACACAAUAAUGGAAAUCUGUGACUGUUAAACCUCAGCUGAAUAGAACAACUCUAUGCAAAUCAAUACUAUCAUAUAAUGAAAUAAUGUAGUCUGCUUUUUUCAAGCAUUUUUCCAUUUUAAACCUCAUCAGAAGUUGCCCAACCAUUCUUUCAUUCACAAAUUGGUGUGAUUAAUAAAGAAAGUUUACAGUCAAAUGAAAAAACUAAAGCAUUCAAAACACAAAACAUUUUACAUUUGUGUUCCAUGAUUUUUUGUAUAAUUUUGUAAAAUCAUUUUAUUCAGUGGCAGUAACAAAUCAAUAAGUCAAACAACUAUCAAAUCUAUUCUGUGCAAUUGCAAGUUUACAUAAGUAUAAUAAUUUCAGCAUUCACCAUUAUUCAGUUGAACAUAAUUCUGCAAUUUUUUUUUUUCAGCAGAAAGGUUCUUAAGAUGUUUAGACUGUAAGCAUAUAUAAUGUAUGGUUAAUUAGCCCUCUUAGUUUCAAACAUGAUUAAUAAUAUUAAAUGUGUGGUCCUGGAAAUAUCCAUACAAACCCCAAGGAGAGUUAGUAGAGAUUAGGAGGGGGUCUCAACAGCCAAUAAUUUUAAAGGAAACUAUUAACCUAAACUGGAAUCUCUUGAGGGAUCGGGAUUGGUGCGGGCAGGGGUGGGUGGGUCCAAACCAAAUAACUUUCCAUGGGAGGGGUAUGGAUAUUUUUUGGAACAACACCUUGCAGAUUCUUUUCACCAACUGAUACAGUCAAUUUUUUUUUUCUUUUUUCCUGUUUGCUUGAUAUUGGCUGGUAAUGCUAGAUCAUUUGAGAGCUACUACAAAUUUAGGAUUAGGAGAAAGUUUAAUAAUAAUAUUCAUAAUAAUAAUUAUAAUAAUAACCUACUGGAAGACAUUGUAUAAGCACAGCAUUUUAAAAUGUCAAUUCAGCAUGAUAAUUUGUCUGAAAUUUUUUUAACAAGUAUUUUUCAUGAUCAGAAACAGAAUACCAAAUGAAUUUAGUCUGAUGCAAUUCAGUGUAAUAGCCCACUUCAAAAUUACUUGCCUGAUGAGUUGUACGACACUAGGUCCAACUAAAAAUGUAACUUACAAAUUGUAUCAAUAACAACAUUUAAAGCUAUAGGCUUUUGUGAAACCCAUUUGUGUUUUAAAGUCAGUGGUAUAUUCCAUAAGGUUUGGAAACAGCAAGAAAGAUUGAAAACCAGUUACAUUUGUGUGUAAACUGAUGCAAGAGUAAUCAAGGCAUCCAGUUACAGCAGCAACUACAGCUGUAAUGUUAUUGCAUUAUUGCUAUAAUUAAUUAUUGGACACCCAGAUGAAUAUGCUCUUAUGUAGACAAAAAGACAUGGGAAACAAUUGAAAGAUAGAAUUCAGUAACUGUUUCAAUCCUGUGUGAAUUGAGAUCACUUAUUAAUAUAUUUGAUGCUUAAUCAAAUAGUUAAAUGGAAGAUCCUCCUCUACAUUUUGAUGGUUUUUAUCUUAAAAAAUGAAUUUAUAAACAUGCAUAUUUCAUGUUUUUGAUUAAAGAUAGAAAGGCACAACAAGUGGCAGAAAUUAUAGUCUUAGGCUCUGGAUCAGAAGGUCCGAUGCAUUUCACUUAUGUAGUGUCUCUGCUCACACAAGCAUUAUUUUGACAUGUCAGCUUACUAGGGGAAGAAGCAAUUACCUUUUCUUAACUUGUCCAAUAUUCUCUAAAGAUUUUGCUGGGUAAAAAGGGUCAAGUAAUAUAACAUGAUCCACUUUAUAGUUCACCACUAAAUUUUCUCCAAUUCUCAUUGGUUUAAAUUGAUCACUUGACACGAUAGUGUUUGUUCGUGGAGAGACACUAUCAGGCCAUAGUGCCCAUCCGAGGAAAAUACCCAGAUGGAUAGUACUCGUCCGUGAAAAUUUUUCUGUAAACAAGCGGGCUUGUAGAAAAUAAACAAUUGAAAUUGUAUUUAGUGGGUUUCUCUGUUGUCUUUUCCAAUUUUACAUUUGGUUGUCACGGCUUUCACCUAAAAAA